AUGGGGGAGGGCAGAGCAGGAGACGGCCUCAUCAAGCUGUUCGGGAAGACCAUCCCCGUGCCGGAGACGGCCGCCGUGGGCGACGCUGCCAAGGACAUCCAACAAAGCGGCAGCAGCGGCACCACUGAUCCGAAGGGGCAAGAGAACACCCUUCAGGACUCCACAGGCUCGCCUCCGCAGCAGGAGGUUGCGGACACUGAAGACUCGUCGGCUGCCAAGACCUCCUCGGCAGACAAACAGCAGGGCGAGGCGGCCAACCAGAUGGAGAAGCUCAAGAAGCCUGACAAGAUCCUGCCGUGCCCCCGGUGCAACAGCAUGGACACCAAGUUCUGCUACUAUAACAACUACAACAUCAAGCAGCCACGCCACUUCUGCAAGAACUGCCAAAGGUACUGGACUGCUGGCGGUGCCAUGCGCAACGUGCCUGUGGGUGCAGGCCGGCGCAAGAGCAAGAGCGCGUCAGCCGCUUCCCACUUCCUUCAGAGGGUCAGGGCCGCUCUGCCCAUCGAUCCCCUCUGCACGGCAGCCAAGACGAAUGGCACGGUGCUCAGCUUCGGCUCUGACAUGUCCAGUUUAGACCUCACAGAACAGAUGAAGCACCUGAAGGAGAAGCUCAUCCCAAUAGCGGGGAUCAAGAACGGCGAUGAACGUUCAGUUGGCUCUUGCACUGAAGGACCUGCGAAGGCAGAAGACUCAAACCAAAAGGAGAAUGUUACAGCAGAGAAAUCUGCAAAAAUUGUUCAGCAUCCAUGCAUGAACGGGGUGGCCAUGUGGCCAUUUAGCUGUGCACCACCACCUGCCUGUUACACCACCCCAGGCAGCAUAGCAAUUCCGUUCUACCCGGCAGCUGCUGCCUACUGGGGUUGCAUGGUUCCAGGAGCUUGGAAUGCCCCAUGGCCGCCUCACUCCCCGUCCGAGAUGGGUUCGACCCUUAGCACUACUUCUCCAGCAUCCACGAAGUCCAAUUGCUUCACACCAGGAAAGCGCCCUAGAGACUGCAACGAGGAAGGAGAUACCAAAGGAAAUGGCAAGGUGUGGGUGCCAAAGACGAUCCGAAUCGAUGACGUGGAUGAGGUGGCCAGGAGUUCUAUCUUGUCUCUAAUCGGGAUCAAUGGCGACAAGGCUGGCAAAGAUGACAGAGGGUGCAAGUUUGCAAGGGUUUUUGAGCAGAAAGAAGAGGCAAGGACGGCAACUCACUCAGUCAUCAACGGCUUGCCGUUCUUGCAGGGGAAUCCAGCUGCGCUCUCACGGUCAUUGACCUUCCAGGAGGGAUCUUGA